AUGUCCUCCACCCUCCUCCGACAGGCCUCUGUUGCUGCCCGCCAGGUCUCCCGAGUUCGAGCCUUUGGCACGACCGCUGCGCGCAAGGACCUCGUCCAGGACAUCUACCUUCGUGAAAUCAAGGCUUACAAGCCCGCUGCUGUCGCCAAGGAUGCUCACGUAGGCGCCGUCAAGUCCUUCUCCCUGCCUCCUGCCCCCAAGGCCCCCGCCCUCCCCGCCGACCUCGCCGCUGAGCUCUCAGCAUACGACGCCGCAGAGCCCGUCGCCGCCGCACCCGCAGAUGCCUCCGCCACCGGUGCCCUCACCGAGGAGAGUGCCCAGGGCCCCGAAGCCUUCCUCGCUUUCCUUGAGCAGGACGUCCCCAAGCCCGCACACCACUAGAUUCUAGAUUAUACCGCUUCCCUUCUAAGCCUGUCGUUCGUCCUACGCUUAAAAUCGAUCAUUGCAAGACCGUUGGAAA